CUUGUUCCUGACUUCACGUUUUUUUGUUUAUCAAUUACGUCCUCGACCUCAACUCUACCGCUGCUUCUUCCCCAGAAGGCCAGAACGCAGUGGCGCGUCCUUUUCUUGCAUCUACCACCCAAAGCCCAAAAGAAAACUGUAUUAAAAGAAAACCCCAGAAAGUAAACACCAUUAUAUACUUACUAUUAUUGUUGUACCAAUGGAGAGUCUCUCCAAAAGGAAAAUCUGGAAACGAUUCCUCUCAUCAUAAAAGCAAGCAAACCUAUCCCCCACCGCUUUUUAUUACAUCACAUAACAUACAGAUUUAAUAAUUGAUUUCAAACCCCACAGUCCAAUAAUCUCUCCGCCCCACCAAACCUCUCCAUCUCCACCAUUCUCUCUCGUCAAAAACCUCUGGAACGCAACACACACAGCAGUCAAACCACACAACAAGAAAACUUCGAGCGACGGAUAUGGAAGAUAUGGAUGCAAACUAAAAUAUCCUUUUUUUUGUUUUGUUUUGUUGUGUGUGUGUGUGGAUAUUCUCUCGCUGUGGUUUUUGCUUUCUGGGUUUUUUUAGCGGUGAAGGAAUUAAAAAGGAAGACACAAAAAAAAAAGGAGGGUUGCAGGAAAUCUCUAGGGUUUAACGAUGUCGGCUGGAAUUUGUGGGAAACGGCUUGGUUUCGAGGAGAUUUUUGGAUCUCAAUCCUCUUAUUCGGUGAAGAGAUCCAGGUGCUCCGCUUAUGGAUCUCCCACACGAUCCCCUGAACUUGGGUCCGGAUCUGAUGAUAAAGUUCUCACCUUGCUUCAGAUGUUCCCUGCUGUGGAUCCUGAGUUGGUGAAAACAGCUCUUAGGGAGAACAAUAACAGGAUCGAUGCUGCUAUCGAGAGUCUGCAGGGAAGUCCAUUUCAUCAUGCUGUGGAUAGAAAUGAUGUUCCUUCUUCAAGCGCAUCUACUUGCACUCAACAAAUGGGGAAAGAAGAGGCACAAGAAGUGAAACCAUCAAUUCACUUCGAUAAUCCCAUUGAUGGUUCCAAAUGGGUGGACCUUUUUGUACACGAGAUGAUGACUGCAGCCGAUCUCGAUGAUGCGAGGAGGCGAGCAGCUAGCAUUUUAGAAGCUUUUGAAAAAACCAUUGCUUCUCAGUCCAGGGACGUAUCCAAAGAGAAAGAGAUGGAGAAUGCAUCACUUAGGGAUCAUCUUCAAGGUUUGGUAAAUGACAACCAAAUCUUAAAGAGAGCUGUUGCCAUCCAGCAUGAACGAAACUUGGAGCAAGAAGAAAAGGCAAAGGAAGUGCACAACUUGAAGCUUGUGUUGAACCAGUAUCAAGAGCAAGUUCGUAGUUUGGAGCUAAACAACUACGCUCUAAAGCUUCAUUUACAAAGAGCACAACAACAACCUAGCUCGUUUCCAGGACACUUCCCUCCAGACAUAUGCUAAAAAAGCAUCUAAUGACUGUCAUCUAAGGCAUUACUGUUACUAGAUUCGUGAUAUUCUCUUCUUGACGACUGAAGCAUAAAAAUUACGGAUAGGUCAGGUCAGCAAGUAUGAUCAACAUGCUGUUCAGUUUGUAUGGUAGGUUAUCAGCCCAUGUAUAAUUCGAGCAGAAUGACCAGCUCUGUUUGAUAUCUGUAAAACUUUUAUGUGCAAUGAUUUUUUAGCCAACCUCUUUCCCAGUUCUGGAACCUAAACAUACCAUAAUUGUCUCAUAGUAUGAUCGAUGG